UCGAGGGACGGAAAACACAAAGUUGGGAAUAUCAUAGGAGUUGUAAUGACCGACACUCCACCCAGUGAUGGCCCCUCCCAGGGUGCUGAGUUUGAUAUGAUGGGUGCUCUGGACUGGAAGGACGGUAUUGCCACGCUGCCAGGCAGUGACAUAAGGUUUCGCAUGACAGAAUUUGGGACGCUUGAGAUCGUUACAGACUUAGAGGUCAAAGGGCAGAAGGCACAGGCUGAGACCUUGGACCCAGCUCAGUCUCACACUCCUACCCCUCCACCAGAGGGCCAAUCACAGACUGGUACAGCCAAAGCUCCAGCCAAUCAGAGUAAGCCAGGAUCAUCUCACGGUAAAGCCCCCGGUCCUGUGCUUCUGUCUUUAGAAGAGGGUCCCAGUACGGAGGGCCCCAGUGUGGAAGUUGGUCCCAGCGUUGAGGUUGGCUCCAGCGCAGACAUGGGUCAAAAUGGGGAGUUGUCAAGGUGCCGGGCCUGUGGUGGCCGCGUGGCCCGAGACGCCCUCAUUCAGGGCAAAUUCUGUAGCUCCAUUUGUGCCCAGCCCUCCAGUGGCAGAUCGUCCCCAGGGGAGGCAAGGGAGAGUCAAGCAGCUGACGGUGAGAGGCUGGGUAAACGUGUGCGCAAAAAGAGGAAGAUCUAUAUGGAUUCUGGUGAUGAAGAGGAAGACAACCAAGAGGAACCAGAGGAAAAGGCCAAAACUACGAAAGGCAGGAGAGGUGCCAAAAUUGCCAAACUGGCUACUGUCCCAGGCAAUAAGAAACGGGCUUGGAGCUGGCCUUCUUACUUGGAAGAGGAGAGGGCCAUCGCUGCUCCCGUUAAACUGUUCAAAGAGCACCAGUCGCUUCCUCAAAGCAGGAACAGUUUUAAAGUGGGAAUGAAGCUGGAGGGGCUGGACCCGUCUCACCCGUCCCUGUUCUGCGUGCUCACUGUUGCAGAGAUACAAGGCUACAGGGUGAGGCUCCACUUUGAUGGUUACCCAGAAUGCUACGACUUCUGGGCCAACGCCGACUCGUGGGACAUGAAACCAGCCGGCUGGUGUGAGAAGAAUGGACAUAAGUUAUUGUUGCCUAAAGGUUGCAAAGAUGGAGAGUUUAAUUGGAGCAUGUAUGUGAAGAACUGCAGGGGUCAGCUGGCCCCGAAACACCUUUUCAAGAGUCUCAACACAUCUGUGACUCCGUCUGGAUUUAGAGCCGGGAUGAAGCUGGAGGCGAUUGACAGGAAGAACCCGUCAUUGAUCUGUGUAGCAACCAUUGCUGCUGUUGUUGACAACCGGCUCCUCAUUCAUUUUGACAACUGGGAUGACACAUAUGAUUAUUGGUGUGACGCUAGCAGUCCAUACAUCCAUCCUGUGGGAUACUGUGAGGAGGCUGAGCUUACUCUGACCACGCCAGCUGGUAAGACACAGACCAAGACACACGUGGAGUAUAAACAACCUAAGAGCUUCUCAUGGGAGAAAUACCUGGAAGAGACGAGCACACAGGCUGCUCCUGCUCGCGUGUGUUUGCAGCGACCUCCACAUGGCUUCCAGAUUGGGAUGAAAGUGGAAGCUGUGGAUAAGAGGAACCCCAUGCUCAUCCGUGUUGCAACAAUAGCCGACACAGAGGACCACCGACUAAAGAUUCAUUUCGAUGGCUGGAGCUCAGAAUAUGAUUAUUGGGUGGAGACAGACUGCCCUGAUCUGCACCCUGUAGGCUGGUGUCAGAAAACCGGACACCCGCUACAAUACCCCAACGGCUCCAGUGAUUUAGUGACUGCCCCAGGACAAGGUUGUCCUACCCCAGGAUGCAACGGGGUUGGCCACAUUAGAGGACCUCGCUAUGGGACCCACUACACUCAGGUGAGCUGUCCCUAUUCGGAGAUGAAUCUGAACAAGGAGGGCUUGCUGCCAGACCGCCUCAGUGGAGAACGACCCCUCGCCCUCAGUGGACCUCAUCCACGCGGGCGCCGCCCCGAUCCUCAUACAAACACCACACAGGCCUCCUCGGCGCCAGACCAGCCGGAAGGAGCUGAAGACUCCCAGAACAGGAAACCGUUGACAGUGGAGGCUGAGCGUUUGGUACGUAACACUCAGCCAGAGCCACCGGGUGGAGCCAGUGAGCAGAGCCACAAUGGAACAAGGCCUAAACGGACUGCUCCAGUUCCCAAAUACCUGAAAAUGCACUACGUCAAAGAGGAGAUUGGCGAUGGUAAAGCCUCUCCCUCUCCAGACACCAUCUCUCUCCAGCAGGCCCUCCACGAGUCUGUGUUCUCCCCCGGCCUCUCUGCCUCUCCCCCCCACCGGGUUGCUCUCUGCUGGGACAAACACUGCCAGCUGCUGCCCGAGGUCCUGGGGCUGACUGCCAAGAGAGUGGCCACUUGGAGCGCUGAGGAGGUGGCCGCUUUUGUCAAAGGACUUCCAGGGUGUAAAGAACAUGCUGCUACGUUUAAAACAGAGCAAAUAGAUGGCGAGGCCUUCCUGCUGCUCACCCAAGCGGACAUCGUCAAGAUCCUGUCAAUCAAGUUAGGUCCCGCCCUGAAGAUCUACAACUCCAUCCUCAUGUUAAAGAACGCAGAUGAAGAGUGAGACCUGACUCUAAAGACUGACGAGGAAUCAGUCCCUCCUAACCGGACCCUCAGCUCCGGUUUCAUCAACACUCAGCUAUAAGACAUUUUAUUAAAAUCAGCCAGAACAGGUUUCUUCUGUCGAGCUCUGCAGCGAUGCAGCUAGACAUCAUCACAGAAAAAACGUCCGUCCCUCCCCCGACUCCCUCCUCUCUCCGUGAUGGACAGUACUGAUCAACCUGAGGGAGAGUUUUACAUGAUACCACGAGGAUUCCUCGACUUAUAUCGUGUUUGUUUACUGAAUCAUUAAAAAAAAAGAACUACAGGCACCUUUAAUGCUCCUUAACAUUGUACAGUUUAUGAAUUGGAUUUAGGGUCACGAUUCUGUUGCAUCUCCUUUUUUUUUUUUUUUUUU